GCUUCCAGCCUGUGUGUUUGUGAUCUGUUGGUGGCCCAGUGUGAUGCUAAUUGCUGUUGUGAUCCUGACUGCACUGUUGCUGACUUCAGUGUCUUCUCUGAAUGCUCGGUUUCUGUGGUCACUGGUGAUAGACAGUUGUGCAUGCAGGAAUCUGUUCUCUACUCAAUCAAUACCUCUACAAAUAUCCCUCAGAUGGUAACAGAAACAGUGCAGUUGGUUAACACCAAUGUGUUCUGUGUUCAAACAACAAACUACCAGCCAGCUUUGUCCUAUAUAACUCCAGAUGAACCAACCGUGGCAAACUUUGACCGUUUACUUGGAGAGUUUGGUGGAAAUCAGUUUAAUGCUAAAACUAAUACUGUACAAAAUGCUGUUGGCUCUGCUCAAGCCCGUAACCUAUCUCGAUAUGAGUAUGGUGUACCUAUUCUGACUCAAGACUCUUAUCUAAAGCUUCCAGCUCCUCUGGGCACAAAAACGUGUGUUGACAGUAACCCUGUAGGCUUUUUGGUGAGACAGAACUUUACAUGCACUCAGGAUGUACAACUAGAGAAUUGUUCAAUCCCUGCGCUAACCCUGCGAACUUAUACAGGCAUCCAGAUUGUACCUGUACCAAAUUCACAAAGUGGGAUUAAUGUGACUGUGCAGGCGGUUACAAUGCAGUCUAUUGAUGGCACCCUCGUUAGAGGAAAUUUUAGUGACCAAAUACCAUCCUAUAACAGUAGUACACAGAUCUGUACCAAUGUGGUUUUAGGGGGAAGUUACUCCAUAAUUUACACUGCUCAAGGGGCGAUAACAAAUGUCCUGGCAUCUUUUACCCUUGGAACAAUCAGCAGGAGCCCUUUUCAACAAUCCUUCCAGAUCAGAUUCACAGAGGAAGGCACAACACCAGCCGUUCUCAGUGGAAACCCAGGUUAUGUAUUUGGGAUGCCUCUAAUUGCUGGCUUUAAGUUGCCACAAUCUGGCAUUGUUAAAAGUACCAACAGAUUUGGGCAACUAAUGCUGCUCAAAAGCUCCAUAGACCAGAGCUGUCUAUCCGAAGAAGGGAAGCGAGUUGCCGUAUUAUUUGGGUAUAACAUGAUGUCUGGCUGCAAACUACGUUUAAAUAGUUUAAAUUAUACUGUAGCUGCAUUUUGCCAGCUUGUCGGAGAUACCACUUUGAAUGCACUUAAAGGGCAGCAGUUUCCAGAGUAUGUGGCCCAGUUUGGGAAUACCCAGCCGGAGAAUGUUUUAGAUUGGGUGGCAAUCAAUAUGGUCAGCCGUGGAGAACAAGCCAGUGCCCAGGCAGGUAUGUGUAAAAUCCCAGUUUCCUUGGAGUUGGAAGUCAGGUGGACGAAAUAUGGUUCUUUAGUAAAUCCUCAAGCACAGAUUGUGAAUGUGACAGAAAAAAUCUCUUAUGCAUUUAUUCCCAAUAACUUGGGAGGUGACAGGACUGUGCAGAUCUCUACUGCUGUGACUUUCCUUGACGUGUCUCAGGCUGCAAGCCCUGGUUACAAAGCUCAGCCGACCAUUGACGCCAAGUUGCCCUUUGAUUUCUUCUUCCCAUUUGUAUAA